AUGUUCAUCCUAGUCACAGUAUUCCUCUUGAUAGUCUCGCCUUUCUACACUGUCUAUAAACCGCCGACGCUGUUGAUCAAAUACUUUCAAUACAGGUGGCCCGAUGUUCUGUGGCAGGUUUCCACGCCAUCUAAAAUCGUAGCAUUAACGAUUGACGACGGACCAUCCGAGUACACGUCGCAAAUCAUGGAAAUCCUGAAAGAAAACAACGUCGCUGCGACAUUCUUUAUUAUUGGAUCACAGGUUCCCGGCAAAGAGGAUGUAUUAGAGGAUUUAGUGCGGAAUGGAAAUGAACUUGGGAAUCACGCUAUGCGCGAUGAGCCUUCACGAUCACUCUCGGACGCAGAGCUCAUCCGCCAGAUUGAUACCGUGGAAACACUUAUCCAUCGCGCCUACGACGCUGCAGAUUUGGGGCAUCCGGCCCGCUAUUUUCGGCCUGGAUCGGGAUUCUUUUCUGGGAGAAUGAGAAAGAGGCUCGAGAUGUUGAAGUACAGACUUGUGCUUGGUAGCAUCUAUCCCCAUGAUCCGCAGAUUCCGUAUUGGAGAGUCAAUGCGAGGCAUAUAUUGAGUAUGAUGAGGCCAGGAGGCAUUAUCAUUUGCCAUGAUAGGAGGAGCUGGACGAUUCCAAUGCUGAAAAACGUCAUUCCGGAAAUUAAGAAGAGAGGUUAUCGGAUUACAACUGUUUCGGGAUUGGUUAGGCAAGCGCCUAUUCCUAGUACAAUUCCUAAUACAUAA